ACAAAAAACCUGCAUUGCGUUCGUGUCACGUGGCCCGACGUCAUUUGUCCGUCUGCAGACGUCAUGGGUUGCCAUGGAUACCUCUGUAAUUAAAAGAUGGACGUGAACGAGUGCUGGAAGGCUAUUGGUUAUCGCCAUGGAAACAAGCCUCUCUCCCGCUCAGGAUAAAGUCCUGCAGGAGAGUGAGAUUAUCCAGACCAGACCUGAGACCUGAGGAUCACCGACACAUCUUAUAGCUGACAUCAAUCUGGUAUCAACUUACUUCACCGUCAGCCCAGAAACUUUCAGCGAAGUAAUGAUGGAGAGGACAUUUCUCUUUUCUCUGGUGUUCUUGGCAAUACCAGCACUGACCAUCCAAAUGUGUCGCGAAGGGUACCGCGAGUCGGACGGGAGAUGCUUCUUUAUCUCCGACGUGGAGAGGAGCUUCGGAGACGCGAUAGUCGACUGCCAGAGCAGAGGCGGCGAGCUGGCUGUGAUCGACACCGAGGAGGAGAGGCAGGCAGCCAUGGAAGGAGCCAGCGGGGCUGUGCCAUACUGGAUCAGCGGGGAAAGUGAUGAUCUGGAUUUCUACAGCGAUGCUGAGUUCAGGACUUUUACGUCUAUAUUAGGAUUCAAUUUCUCUGAUUUAUAA